UCUCCUGCUGUGUGCCAGUCUCUCUCUCUCUCUCUCUCUCUUUCUCCCUCCCCAUUUCCUCAAAGUGGCCAGAUUUGCUCUUUUUACCCUGGUCCUCUCUACAUCCCUCCACUCUUCUUCGUCUUCUUCUUCCUCCAGGUUUGGGAGCAACCGGCACCGGUGACCAGCUCCGCCCAUUCAUCAUCAGCUCCCAGUUUAGAAGACCUCAGGCUUCUAUUUUCCCCUCAAACGUCCUGUGAAGACCUUAUUUUCAUUCUUGACCCUUUUUUUCUUUGAUUGCUCACCCUUCCCGCCUGGAGAAGCCAGCUGGCGUGUGUGUCUGGUGUGUGUGUCGACGUGUGUGAGGGCUUUGGUGCUGUGCUCUGUGUACGCUGAGGGAGUCCCUAAAGGUCGUGACUGGAGGAGAAAAGUUUUGACCACAAUGAAUGUUCAGCUGCUGCUCCUGUUGGCCCUGGCUGGCCCCUUCUGUGCCUUCACACAUGCAAGUCCCACAGAAAUCCCUGCAGAGUUACAGACCCUGUUCUCUAAGACAGACCAUGUAGAAGAAAAAACUGAGGCUACAGGAGAGGGCUUCACUGUUAUCACUGGUCCCCCUCCAACCUUGCCAGGUGUGGCUCCUGUUGAGUCCACAGCAUUAGCUCUACUUGAGGAGUCCACCUUUGCCAUGAAUGUUAAUACUGAAGAGAAUGUCUCUGGGACAGAAACUGUCACUGCUGCUGCUCCAGCAGAACCUCUCACCAGUGAUGCUCCUGUUAAGGAGACCACAACCCCCCCUGAGGAGACAGAGACUGAGGACCUUACAGUAGCCAUCGAGGUGACAACAGCUCCCGAGAUCCAACCUGAGGUGACAGAAGCUCCCGAGGGCCAAGCCGAGGUGACAGCAGCUGCCGAGGUCCAACCCGAGGAGACAGAAGCUCCCGAGGUCCAACCCGAGCUGACGGUAGCCACCAACGCAGACAAGAUGGGACAAGACGAAGAGGUUGUGGUUGAAAAUGGCACAGAGGGGGAGCUGAGUUCUGGUCAGGUGGUUGGCAUCGUUAUUGGCGCUCUGUUGGCAGUGGUCAUAGUCAUCGCUGUAGUGAUUGUCGUGGUGCGGAGGAUGGGAAAAUACUCCCCUUGAAGAAAAAAUCUGCCAAGCAGCAUGAGAACCCAAAGUUCUGGAAAUUCUGAACUACUGAACUGUGACGUCAUUUCCAACCAUUAGAAAAAAAGUACAACGCCAGGACUAAUCCAAUCUAACCAGGACUCUGGACUGCCAAAAAAAAGAAAAGAAAGAGAAACUGGGGGAGGGACUUUGUGUGUAUGUGUAUGUAUGUAAUGUAUAUGAGUGUGAGACAAGAGGGGUACAUGAGCACACAUCCUCACCUUCCCCCGCUAUCUCCAUGACUCCCCCUCAAGCCAGAGAUACAAAAGGCUUUGGCUUCCCUACUCUCUCAUCAAACAAAACAAGGUGACAGCAGGAUGUCACAAAGAAUUUCAAGGCUUUUAAAUGCAUUUUUGUUAAAAAAUAAAUAAAUAAAUAAAAAAAUGAAAAGAAAGGAGUAGAAGGGGAUUUUCUGACAUGUGUGU